UUCAAUCGAGUACAUAAAUAUUUUUCUCUCAAAGAGAUGGAAAAAGAAAAAUUUAUUUUACUGUGAAUUAUGAAGUGUUUUUUAGUAUUUAGCAGUACUGAAAAGAACUCAAUGUUGAUUAUAUUAUGGGAAUAAUGAACUGAUUCCGCGGUUUGGGCGCGUUGCCCUCAACAAUUACAACAAACUUUUGAAUGAAAUCUCACAAUAGCAAUUCCUGCGACUUGUCGCCCGCAGAUCCUAAAAAAUUGGAAAUUUGCCUUCGCCCUUUUAGUUUUCGGCAAUAGUCUAAGGGUAUCCUUUCAAGAAAAGUUAAUCUUAUGCUGAAAAAGUAUUUUUGUGAAACAUCGAAUCUUAUUAAAGUGUGGACAAUUCAUAAAACAUUUGGAAGUUGUUUGCUCACACACACACAUUUUUGACUCCCUUCUUUAAAUGGGAUGGGUACGUUGUCACGCCAAAGAAAAAAAAAAUAUACACUUGAAAAGAAUUGGAUUGGCAAAGGAAAAAGAAACGAGAAAAGGAGUUUACUUGGUGCAAUAUAAACAAGAGAUCUGUGUGUGAAAAGAAAUAUGUAUAUAUGUGUAUAUGAUUUAUUAACUAUCAUCAGAGAACCGAUUGGAACAGUUCACAGCGAAGAAAAAUUUGGUACAAUAUACGAAAAAAAAGAAUGCUAUAAUGAUCGCUAUUGUUUUUGGUGUUGCAAUUACAUUGUUUAUUUCCAAUUCGAAUUUUGAAUGAAAAGCAACAACAAACACAAUAUAAGUGUUUGAUCCCAAAUCGUGCUUGUCGUAUUAGUUAUCGAUGUAUCACCGUAUUACCAACACCAUCUAUCAUAACAACUGCCUGCCUCGCGGUUCUCAGUGCGUCCUGUCGCUGCCACAUGCUGCUUGGUGUUGGUUCCCUGUAUUUUAAAUUGAGUACAUCCACUUUUCUUCAAAGUACAAUACCACAUCUCGGAAAAAAUGUCACGAUUCGGACUUCGAAGUGCUUCAGAGAGCUUAAAAUUAUUAGAUGACAAACCAAAUCGCCGAAAAACGUGUAAUCCCGUUUCAAUAUCUAUGAAAAGAAACGCUUUGUCGAAAGAUAUAAAACAUGUUACAAAUAUUAAAGAGGAGAACAUUGUUGAUGAUAUCAAAAUCGAGAUUGAUGAUGGGGAUAAGGUUUCCGAGAUAGCAGAUGCACCACCGAGAGACAAUGUAAAUGAUGGCGACGACGAUGACGAUGAGGACGAUGAUGCUCCAGUUGAGGCUGGAAAUGGUGAUAUAUGUUUCAGGCAACAUAUAUCGCCAACUACCUCGUUUAAAGCCAGUUUAAUAUGUAGUUUACCCCUGGAGCGUAUACACGAUGUCUUACAAAAACUUAACCUCUCCAAUAACCCAAAGCAAAUAAACAACAAAGAUAUGGACGACAUUGACGAGUCUUUUGACAACGACGAUGAUGAGGAAGAGGACAACAAUUUAUCUAAACAGUCUACUUCAGCUGUGAAGAGCCUAUGUUUGUAUUGUGACAAGAAGUUUUCAUCGCAGAAAAUGCAGCUAAAACACGUGGAAAAGUUUCACUGUUUGCAACAAGAUCGUAGGUGCAGUGGACGAAAUUCGCAAAUGCAACAAACGCAGACACCAAAAAAACGGAAGAGCACAACAGGGUCGCAGAACUUUGUUGGCUGUUCAUAUUGUCCGAAAAAUAAAGGCCAGUCUCAGUCAGUCAUACUGCCCGCAUCGGAAUUGAAUGCUUUAUUUCUUCACCUAGCCGAUAGUCAUUCUGAUAAAUAUUUUGGUUGCAAAAUGUGUGUAUUACGGUUUCAGAAUGUUUCCAAACUUUCGAAGCAUAUGGAAGUUGUUCAUAAAAGUUUAUCAUUUGCUUUCGACGAGAGUAGUAGCAAGUCCAAGGACAAUGAUACCGAUUCUCAAAUGCUGUCCGAUAAAUCAUUAAUUAGUGAAAGAAGUAAAUUUUCAAUGAGACGACAGCAAAGAUCUCAAAAGACAGCAGGCGCAAGCAGUAGUGCGAAUAGUACUACCGUCGUCCAAAACACAGUUCAAUGUGCUACUUCUAUUGUAUCGAACUCUUCAAUAAUUGGCGCCGAAGAACCAAUACUCUCACGAUUAGGGCUAACUCAAAAUCGCUUGCCCAACAAUCGCAAAGGGGUUCGGCUACGUAGAGAAAAGCUGCUCUCAGAAAUCCUACUUAAGUCCGAACAAAUCAAUCAACCACCAACCAAUUAUACAAAUACAGCUACUACCUCCUCUGCAGCAUUGAACACCGCAACCUGUUCGCCGAAAUUACGCGGCAAAGCCAUAAAAGCCGUCGGUGGGUCAUCCGCUGAUACUACGACGGAUGUAAUUUUUCGUGUGCCCACGCGUAAUGAUAUACUAUCUUGUGUGUUUGACGAUAAUUUCUACAAAGAAGUCGUCGCAAAUGUUCGUAAUAAUUUGCUCUUCCACUUGGACGGAAAAAUAAUGGGUAAUUCUUUGGAAUCUCUUGAAUCAGCGGUAAUGCGGCAUAGCAUGCAGCCACAAAUACGAAGCACCUUAGUCAGAAGUCCUAUAGUUAUAACGACCGACAGUGAGAUACACGCGGCUACCAGCCUCGCUGCCAUUACCGCAUUUCCCACUCUCCUAACAGCAGAGCAGUUCGGUGGCGAGGGCCAUUCCUCUAAAAUCCGACGACCGCACACGAAAAAUUCUUGGAAAUGGAAAUGGGACAGUGUUAAAAAAUUCAAAUUUGUAAACGAAGGUGGCAAGAUUGUUAAGAAAAUGAAACAUCCAAUGUUGGGGCUGCGAGACCUGUCUAAACUGGACAUGUGGACGCAGCUUACAAUGAGACAGAAGCACGAACAACAAACCCAAUAUCCCACGCAGGCUAAUGACGAUAGUGAAACGUGGAAUGCUUCGGAAAUAUCCAAUGAUCCAUCACGCGAAGAAAAGCAACGACUUAACGAUCAACUUAAUAUGAUUUUAGAUACGCGCCUCUUACCGCAUAUUAUUCUGGAACAGAACGAACAGGCGAUAAUUAAGUUAGAGAACGAUGAAUUUGGCAUUGCUCCCAGUCAGUCGUUAAAUGAGGAUUGUAGCGAUAAUUUUAUGGAGCAAACAUUCGCCGAUGAAAGUUUCCUUUCAAUGUUGAAUUUACUGCCGAGCUCUGACUCUCAGAAAUGUCGAUCCAGACUAGUUCUAAGUGGGGAAUGGGCCCGACCCAGAUGCUACCUUUGUAUGUGUUGCGGGGCUAAAUUUGAAAAAUUGAAAUCAUUGGAAGAGCACAAAAUGUUCCGCCAUUCGCAAAUACUUUCUACGCACUACGAAGUAGUCGGCCGGGAGCUGUUAAAUGGCAAUCUUUUGCGACAUUUGUUCUUGCCCAAGAAGGCUCUAAGCCGAUAUGCGAAUGAUAUGGGCAGCAAUCAAGUUUAUAGCGGGGCCGCACGAAGGCUCUUUUGGCAUAAGAAUGAAACCAUAAGCCGAGAAAUUACAAAUAAUGAGGAGUCAUCCGAUAGUUUACAAUCCAUGUUAAACAGUUGCACCACAAAUACUCUCAGUAUUAAGAACAGCAGUAGCACCGAAGACUGCGACGUCGUCGACACAAAAAUGGCUACGGUCGCCUCUUUGGGCCUAAUGGCAACCACUGCUGUCGUCUCACCCACACACAGUAUACAAUCUUGUAGUUCAUCAUCUUCAAGUGUCACUAAAUCUAAGGCACAGAGCAGAACACCAACAUUGUCUGGAAUAGUGUCAGCACAUGGAAGUGGGGGGAGUAUUUAUGGGGGAAAUGGCUGUUCUAAGUGUGGGCGUAAAUGCAACGGUAUCCUGGAUUUGUAUCGUCAUAUGUUGGACUGCUCCGGAGACUAUGUGUGGUCGUUGGCGAAAAAACGGAAAUAUCGCUACUACUGUGGUUCAAAGAAGCGUAGGCCGUGCAACAAACACAGUAUUCUCGAACUACGGAAAGCUAAAAAUGCAUCAAAACCCGCGUCGACUGCAAAAUCUCCGCCUACAGCCCCAACUGAGAGUACCGAAGAAGCUGGUGGUACGUCCGCGAAUUUCACUACGAAAACUAAAACUUCGCCCAGACCUCGACCAAGUGAUGCUGAGUCCAUUAAGAAGAUGCUAGAAAAUUUACCUCCGAAAAGGGUCUGUAAGAAAAUAUUUCCUACCAUAAGCAAGACCAAGAAGACCAUUAAGAAUAUGAAGCCAAAACUUCUGGCCAAACAUAAAAUCUAUAAUAAACUUCGAAAUACUCGUGUCCGUCAGAUAUCUCAAGCAGCAAAGAUAUUGUCAAAGACAAAAACACAACUUCAAAAAUCCAAAAGGAUGACAACACGAUCUGCAGUGGCCACCAGUGAAAAUCGUAACGAAAACAUCAGUAAAAAGCAAACAGUAGCUAAAAACGUCACAGAAAAGGUGGCAGCUACAAAAGCUAAACCUACUGAAAAAUCCUUGAUUAGUGGAAAUGAUAACCAAAGUGAGCUAGUAAUAAAAAAAGAAGACCUAAUGGACCUACCUUCCUCAAAGUCUACAAUAACGGCAACUGCCACAUCUAUUUCUAGUGCUGAAACUAGUGAGAAUACGACAAACCACGAGGUUGCGAGAGAUGUUCUCGAGUCAAAUAGUGGAAAUUUAAGCCAAAAAUCAAAUAGAAACACCUACAAACAAAAAGACGACCCUACUUUGGGAAAUGUCGAUCAAGUGGACGCGUCGGCGUCAACGUCAACGUCGAUUUCCCAACAUCUUGCUGGGGAAAGUGACAAAAGCCCUAAUCAAACCGAGCAACUGAGUGAUGCUAACAAACAAACCGAUAUUGUUAGUAUGACUCAAUUGAAUCCUGCCAAUUUUACUGAAAAUGAACGCCAGAUGCCAAACAACAAAAAUAUUAAACGAAGUAAACGCAUAAGCGACUGCAUAGCAAUGUUAACCGGAAAGCUGGAGCAGAAACUUAAAACCGAACAGAAGACUUCAUUUCCAUCUGGGGGAGAACGAUCACUGGCGAAUAAUAUUAGUCAACGCUCAGAGCAGAAUACAAGACAUGCUCCAUCCCUACCUUUGGCGCAAAAUGUACAAGAAGAAAUGAAAUAUCUAAGAAUUUCACAAAUGUAUCUGAAGAUUUGGAAGUAAUCUAAUAUUACGACAGCAAAAAAGAUACCAAAAAGAAAAACAAUUUCCAGGCGCAUAAUAAAGACAGAUGAUGGACCCAGUCCUUCCAAAUCAAUAGAAACGAAUGUUGACAGUUCUAGCAACCUUCAAAAAACUACAGAAACAACGCUUAAUACGUCUUUAUUAAUUAAAGAUAAAACACCUGCCAGUGUAUCAGCAGAAAAAUUGAAUAUCAGCGGACAAAUAAAGCCCACAAAAAUUGUGGGAAAACCUGCAACAAAUCCUGAAAUUUGUAUUUUUAAUGCAGUGGAUGUUAAGCAAACUAAAUCGAUUCCCACAGCAACAUUACUUGUCCCACCCAUUACCGCCGCCAUGCCCUUGAACAAUCAACACCUCAUGCCCAAUGUCCCAAUGUAUAUACCAGUCGAAAAUUUUUGUGCUCCACACCUACCAGCCCCACUACCUUCACUACCAAUACCUUUGUCAGUACCGGCCCCGCCACUUCAACCAGCUCCCAUUCCAACUCCCAUCGAGAACACCAUACAACCUUCCACUGUGAUACAUACAGGUCCUGCGCCUACAGCAAUUGGGAUUAUAUCCCCACCAACAGCUAUACCGUUAAUUACAGCGGUACCGCCAGCGCAUUUGACGGCCUCCAAUUCAAUGGCACUACCCGUCGGAACGUUUAGUGUACCAACUGCUUCAGAGCCCUUGAAUCUAUCCAAUUCAGCAAAAAAUAUCCAUAAGCAGAGUCAAGAUUUGUCAUUUUCUGGUCGACAAAAAGUGGGUGUGAUGCCAGCUAGGCGACAAACUAUUUGCGGUUUUGAAGCUCGCAAUUUUAUAAUGUUUGAUGAAAUGGAGCCCCUGGAUCUUUCCAACAAGUCCCGACAAGAAAAGAUCUCACGUUCUCCUAUAGUUCAAGCUCAACCGCUUACGCAAUCGCCGUUAUCCACCGUACUGCAAACAAAGCCGAUAGAGCUAUCACCUGCUUUAUUACCACCACAACUUCCAUCACUACCCUUAACUACAACUACGAUGCCGACUUCAGUGGAUGGUGCUACGCUCUUGCCAGCUGCUCCACUUACUUCUGAAGCCUUGCUUAACAAACAAUUCUACUCAAAUUUGGAUUUAUUACGAAUACCUCAAGUUCGAAACCCUGUAGCUGGACAGGGAAAUACUGUUUCGGAAACUCCGCCAUUGCCGUUGUCUUUGACACAGGCGCAUCAACCACCAGCUCAGCCACCCCCAAUCCUAACACCGCAACCUCUGCUUGUUGUAAACCCUGCUCCAAUUCCUGUUGCUACCUCCAAAGUGGCUCCUAAGAAACGUAACAAGCCCUCAGUAAUUACAAACCAAAUUAAUGCCGAAUGCAAUCAAAUCGCAAAUAACGUCUCUUCCAAGCAGGCGGUCAGCUCCAAAGAUCAGAUGAUUGCCACUUCAAAAAAGGAUUCCUCCUCCAAGGCCAAAGGACCGCUUCGCAUGGAUGAGGAGGUCAUUAACCACAUUGAUGAUGCCAUAAAUUCCGUUAUAAAUGCUGUUAAAGCUAGUUUGGAUAAUGAAGAAGCCGAAAGAUCACAAGCGCUUUUCACAUCCUCCCAACCAACUGCUGCCACUUCGUUGAAGACAACUGAUGAUGUAAAUGUCACCAAGGAAUCAGUUGGCGAGUUUAAAUUUUUGACUGCUGCAAGACGAAACAUGCGAUCAAAGACAUUAGACUGCCGCCCUGCAGCAUUGAAUAGAACACAUGUCCAAAGCUCCCCAUCUUUGUCGACUGAAGGCACUCAUCCAAACGUCGCCGUAAACGCAAAAGCACCGCAUCAACAAAUCAUAAGCGUUAGAAAUAUUGAAACAUUAAUGAUUCCCGUAACUGAUUCUAACAAUACGUCUACAUACGGUCCCACUACACUAGUUUCAAGCAGCAACCCUAAGAGCACGUCUGUAACAAGCAGCAUAGCAAAACCAGAAACAGAAACAGAAAAGAGCAAUGCGACGAUGGUUAUUAAAGAAAUACAAAAGACAAACACUUGUGAGUCACAGGCUGCGAGUCAUGUUACCGAAGUGUCUGCAUCAAAAGUUCAAAACGAGGUUCCAAAACCUGCCCCUGAACCGGAGUUGGACUUUGAAGUGGUUAGUCCUAAAGUCCAGCCAAUAAUUUCUCAACAAAGUUCCUCUUUGGAUAAAAAUAACACAAGUGAAGGAGGUGGAAGAACUACUGCCUUAGCGGUUCUCUCAGACAUCAAUAUGGACAAGAACGUCUUGGCUACAACGACCGCGAAUAUAAAUACCAAUUUAGAUGUAGAACAAAUGAGCAAUAACAACAAUACAUCGUCUGGUUUCCACAGUUCGGCACAGUCAGAUCAACAGACGUCCGUGAUGUCUACAAAUACCACUGCGUCCACCACCAUACCAGUCAUCGAUACCAAAAAGAAACAAAGGCGGCGUCGUAAGAACGAAUUGGCAGCGAUAGUAGCUGAUCAACUAUUGGAGAGCUUUAAAUUGGAUAAAGCUCGUCGCGACAAUUUAAAGAAAUUGGAAAAUUUGGCCUAUGAGAAAAGUGAGGAUCUACUCCUAACGGGAAUGCUUUUAAUGUCUAGCACCAAGAGAAAUGUGGCUUCUUCUGCACCGACAACUACUAGUUCCACGACAACGGCAGCAGCAGCUGCCCCACCGGACAACGAGAACAUACUGAAGCGAUCCUCCAAACAGCAUCAACAUAUCGAAUCCUCUAAAGUCAAUGACACCCACAGUUCUGUAAAUCUGGAUGAGCAAAAUCCUGGCAAUAAUAUUAAAAAUCUCGUGGCAGAAAGUGCGGAAAUUGGUGACAAUAAGAAAAAUACUAAACGCAGACAGUGUCGACGUCGAGGAAAAACUUUGGAUAAUGAAAACAUUAGCAAGCUAAAGUCAUCGCUAGAAUCAUUUUCAAUAGACAUUGAACGUCAACUAACCGAGUACGAGGCAAAGAAUGUGAAUGUAUUUAAAAAUGCUAUUUCGAGCAGUGACGUUGGGAAAUCACAGAUGAACAACAAAUCACAAACAUCUCUUAACUCCAAAAGUACUGUAAUUCUUCGGCCUAGUAUUCUCUCGUUAACUCUGGAGGCAGGUGCUGUGCAUCAGGAUAAUCAACAACCUGUCAAAUCGUCAACUGCAAUAACCGACGCGAACAAAACGGUAAUUUCUAGUCGAGAUCCUCGGCUCAAUAAAAAUAUUCACAAGGAAGGGGAAAAAAGUUCGACAGUUGUGUCAGACAACAAUGCUAAGGAGCAAGCACCGCCACAAAAGAGUCCCGAAGUUAUUGGAGACCUGGACGAGGACAAUUAUUUGACAGAGAUAGCAAAGAACGUCAAUGAAAAAAUUAUGUCGACUGAAAAUGAAGAGUUUGCAUUUAAAGAUGAUGGCUUUGAAAUGGCCAAUGACAUGGAUAUGGGCAUAGACGAUUCGAAUAGUAAGUAUUCACGACCCCCAACAUCCAUGAGCGUGCGAAGUGCGCCCAAUUUCAACGAUGAUCGCUCCAAUUUUGGAUCUAUAUGCGAUGAGAACACAAAUACUGAAGUAAUGGACAUGGAUUUGGACGACGAAAUGAGUGUGUACACGAGCUAUUCGCAAGACUUGGGUCGUGGGAGGGGCCGUCGAAGACGCCGAAGACGCAGUAUACUGCUAACAAGAAAACCCAAAAAACGGGCGUCUAGUAGGGAUAUGUCCGGAGAAAAAAUCGAAUGUAUUCUGUGCAAAAAAGUGUUUUACAGCGCUAACUCUUUAACCAAGCACAAUAUGACACUCGCUCACGUUUCCAAGGUAUCGGAACAGGAGUACUUAUUAUCUAAGUCCAUAACGAAUUCAUCAUUAAGCAUAGAUAAUAAUCAGAAGCACGGUACCUUAGGACCUUAUGCUCGAAGAUCAACUAGGCGGGCGACAAUAUCAGAACCGCCAAUGCAUAUGCAAUCAAACUCAAUGGACGACCUUCGUCCCACACAUCCGCCAACGACAACCCCUAUUCAGCUAGCAUCGUCAAUACAGCCACUUCCAUUACCACAGACAGAUCAAACACCCUUAAAUGCACAUCCGACCAACCACGAGACAGCUAGUUCAAAACCUGAAGAAACACCAGCGCCAUUGUCUCAACAACUACAGUCGGAUAAUAAUUUCGAACCAUUGAAAACAUUUAACCAAACCCAUUUAUUGAAAGACGUGCCUGUCAAUGACUACGAUGGCAACAAUGGUAACAUCGUCAAUCCAGCAUUCAAUGGAAACUCACGAUUAAACCUUAAUCCGGAUGAACGUUUGUUCUUUGAAUGUUGCAACAUUUUGAAAAGUGCCGAAACACCCCGACUUAAUAAUGUGAUCGUUCCCGAAGUUGUUGAAGAAUGUAACAACAUCCAUACGAACUAUAACGCCUAUACCUAUAGGCAAGAGGAAAAAUCUAUGGCAGCUCCGGCAAACAACAGUGAUUGCCUUAGGGACCGCCAACUUGUUAAUAUAGGCAAUGUAGAACGAAGUGACAUGCCACAUAAUGUUCCUCACAUAACGACCAACAGUAAUGUUGUACACCCGAAUACGCAACAGCCACAUAUGGAGCAAAACACCAUAUUUAGAAAUCCAUCGCAAAACGUUCCCAGUAAUUACAACAACCGAUCUUUUCAAGAAAAUAGGAAUGUCAGAUCUCCUACAUACUCUGCCAUUUCGCACUUAUCGGCGGUCACUAAUACAACGUCUCGAUUUAAAACAAAGGCUGCAAUGAAAGGAUAUGAGAAUGUCAACAUAGACAUGGUUCAACAGCAAGAGUCAAAAUCUAGGACAAUCUGUAAGCUAACCGAAUUAGCUGAAAUUGCUUUGGGUAAUGAAGAUAAACCAAGCACGCAUAGCUUUUCACCUAUCCAGCGCAGUAACACACCAACGCGACCGUCGGCACAGAAUAUACCCAGUGCAACGAAAGCAGACGUAGCGGCCCUCGACGGUACACAGCGUUUAAAGAGUGUAGCAGCAGCAGCAGCAACAGACUACGCUACUCUCUUAGCGAUUGAGAAUCCAAAAGAGUCCAAUGUACCACUCGUGUCACGAAACGAUAGAACGAAAAAUAAUGAAACCCGCAGUUCAACAUCUUCCAAGACAAUUAUGCAUUCUUCAAUAAUCAAAGCUGCUGUUCAGGAGCAUCAGAAAACAACUAGCUGUAACAAAAUAAUAAUUCCGGACAGACCAUUUAAGAACAUUGGUCUUGAAGAAAAAGAAACCAUAACGUUCCAAAAGCCCAAAACGCCGGCUGUUCACUUACUGACAGAAGACAACAAUAGUGUGUCCACCGGUAGCUUUUCCGAUAGAGAUGAUUACGAUUUUGGCUCGCUAAGCUGUGACGAAGAAGCGAGUGUUCGCGAGAGCAAUGAAAAAAAUCCAAGAAAUAACGCUACGGAUUCGAGCUCUGAAUCCAGUCGCGCAACUGCCAAGACCUUUGAAAACAAGUCCUUAAUUAUGGGUCGUAUCUUUAAGAAUGUCAGUACAAAAGCCGCUGUAAAAAAUAAUGUAGCGCCAGUUGUUAAAGUAAAGAGCGUAGGGGUACAGAAAGAUCAAAUUCCCACUCCAAAGGCGGACCUAAAUCAGUUAUUCGACGAGUUGAGAGGAAACUCUGGAGUAGAACAUAAUCUAAACGAAAGGGCUGCUGCGAACACUGGCACAAUUGAAAGAACCCCCACAACAGUUGUAAACAGUCGGGUAAAUCACAAACAGCAUCAGCGAGAUAUGCUAAAGCAUAUAAUACCAUCAGCAUCACCACCCGCUGUUGUAAGCUCAACUACAGCAACACCAUCGACAAGUGCCCGCAAAGCUAAAGGCCGAGAAUCCAGAGCAAAGCCUAAAACAACACCAAAAACAUCGAAAGAUAUUUCAAAACUUCAAACGGAGCUAGGCAUGAGUCCGGAUGAAAUCAAGCAGUUGAUAGAUGAAGGUCAGCGAAAAUCAAAACGGCGCUGUGCCACAAAUCGUCCCAAAAAGUUGGUUGAAAUGUGGAGUUCCGAUGAAUAUGAAGAAUUCCUUUCAACCAAAGACAUUAUAGCUUUAAUUGAGGAGAAGGAACAGCAAGAAGAAAAGCGCAAGAAACGUAAAAAUAGUAUAAAUAUAUCGUCCAAUAAUAGCGAAGUAGCCAAAGAAAAAGAUAUAGCAGACGUCACAUCCAGCACAAAAGACAAUAAACGGAGAAAUAAUCGAAAAGUAAAUACAAGCCUUGAUUUCCCUGAAGAUCAUGGCACCGUCGAAACAAAAUCAAGCAAGGCGAAAAGGUCCGGAAAAGAAGAUCUUGUCAGUACCACCGGACUACCUAUAGCUGAAAAUAUCAGCACUGCUAACAGUGGUAAAGAAAAACGAUCAACAGCAAAGGGCAAAUCAAAAGCUAAACAACAAAGUCAAAAAACUGUAAAGACGCCGAAAUCUAAAAAAGAGCCCAAGUCAAAGGUGUGCCGGAAACCAGUUGAAGAUAACGACUAUGAGGAAUUUGACGCCAAUAACAGCGACUUCGGUGAUGAUGACUACUUAAUAGCGGAUCUUAUCAAGAAUAAAAAAUCAUCAGCAAAGGCAAAAUCAUCUAAAGCUACUGUAAUAUCUGCUCCCACCGUUACGUCGACAGCGAAAUCUUCGAAAGCAUCGGCAAAAGUCACAGCUCAGCCAAGUCGAAAAAGAUCGACCAAUAACAGUGGUAAUUACACAAACGUCUUAGCGGCAACGGAAUCGGCCAAAGGCCAAAAACAGACGACAUCUGCAACAGUAAAAAAUAAACGAAAGAAUCAAACGAAUCAGUCACCUCCUAGACGAAAGCGACUUGCAACGGAAAAACUAUAUUACUGGUCAUCGUCUAGUGACGAGGAGUUUGGACGCAUCAGCAACAACGCCAAAGACAAUUCUGUUGUUCCUAACUCGGAUGGAGGUGGAGGGGCUGUGGGUGCGAGCGCCGUCGUUGGAGCAGGAAGUGGCACUGGUGGCGCUGGCGGUUGUGGCGGUGAACAGUACCAGAAGCACGGCUGGAUUGUAGGCGAUUCUCACAAAAAACUGGUAACAUUAUUGGCCAUUGCAAAAGGUAAUAAAAAAGUUGAUUCCAAUUGUGGCGUUAAAAAGAAUGUUCCCAAGAAACGUAAUUAAUUGAAGUGACAAACUGUGCUUAUGUUGUAUUCUUCAUAAGCAUAUAUAUAUAUACACACACACACACAAAACAAUACAUCUGUAGUCUCUAUAAUGUAAUGAGUAAGUAACAUAAUUUACAUACCAAUGUAAAAUUUUAAUGUUUUGUUUCUCGUUAUGUAUAUUGAGGUGUUUUUAAUAAAAUUGUUUUUUUUCUUUUCGUUGUCCAAUACCAGAUGCUGAUAUAUAAAAAAAGUGGUAUUUGGAAAUAUUUUUAAUUUCAAUUUCAAAAAUAUUCAAUGCUUUGAUGACAGUGCAGAGCGAAAACUGUGUACAACAUUUUAUCUGCGAUGUUUCGGUAUUUUUUUUUUCGGGAAUUCCAUAAAAAAAUCCUUUUAGAAACGAAUAUAAAUCAAUACAAGAAAUUCGAGUGUUAAACAUUAACUUUUGAGGCUUAAAGAGCAACAAAGCGUUUUUCAAAGAGUUCCUUGAAAUCAAAAAACGAUGUACAACAUGAAGUAGGUGGAAAAUUGUUGAAGAAUAGAAAGAACAAAGCGGAAAGGGAAAUAGGCUGACAUCCCAAGUGCACAAAAAACAAUGUAGGUGUUUCGAUAUUGAAUGAAAAUAUGCGUUUUCCAAAUGGAAAAACUGUUAGAUUCUUGCAAGUUUUGAAACACGGAAACAAAAACGGUAUUAUACUUUACGAAACGCUGACGACGAUGGUGCGGAACAUUUUUUUCAUGGUAUAAAAAUUACGAAUUUGUGUAAUAUUUUUUUUUUCUAAAAUUGCAAGAUUUAGUAUUUUAUGUGUUUUGAGUUCAAUUUGAAAGGGAUGUGGUUUUUUACGAUUUCCUAGCCAAGAUUCGUACUUGCAGUUGACCAUCAUGGAUUAAAAUUAAACAUUGUAGGAAUAUAUGUUCUGCGUUUUUAAUUUAAUUUAAUAAUAUAAGUACGAUUUUGAAAUUUUAAUAAUUUUUGAAAAAAAAAGUUUUUACAAUGAUAACAGAUUUUCCCAUUAUGAUAUCGGAAAAAAAUUGCAAAACUAGUACAUUCUUGCAGGAACAAAGCAUAUACCUAUUACUGAACGUGCGUUACAAAAGUGCUCACCUUUCCCUCUAUAGUGAAAUAUGCUGUACGUUCAUAUUUCGUGAACAUCUUUAAUGCAAAAGAAUGAAAUUAAAAAAAAAAAUAAUGUAAUACCUCCAAUGUUAUGCGCUCUAUACUCUGUGGGCAUGCCGGGCAUGUGUGUACAAAUUUAAAGCAGUAUUAAAUGAUUUUGAAAAUGAAACCUUUUCAACUAAAAUUUAUUCUUAAAUUUGCCAACAAAAACGAAAAAUAUUUUGUAUUUUUAAACAAGUAUUUUGAGUUUUUUAUUGACAACGCGAUUUUUUGAAGGAAAAAUUUGAAUUGGACUAUUGAUUGUCAGAUCACAUGCGUGUACAACAUAUGCUGUCAAUUAUUCAUGGUUAGUCUUAAUCUAGGAAAUGGUACGCCAAAAAUAAAUCUUUCACUGAAUUGCAUGUUAUUCAUUUGCCUGUUGGGGCGUUUAUUAAAACUCAACACGAAGUUGGGACCAACUUUACAAUAGACUCAAAUAAUCUGGGUUCAACAGGUUCUUUAUAUUAAUCGUUGUACAAAGUAUAGUGCAAGUUAAAGUAUAGACAAAGAAAUUGGAAUUUUUGAAGUCAGCCAAUUAACAAGAUUUGUAAGGUCGUAGGCACCAUAUAAGUUGUAUGGCAAAUCAAUUGAAUUUUAUAUUCGCCUCGUUCUACACUGACAUACAAUAGUCUCUGUUUCCAAAGCCUACAAAAUAUUUUAUUACCACUUGCUAUUUAUUCAUCUUAUAAUUGAUAGUUAGUUAUGAAGCCACAGCAAUUCUCAUCUCAGCAAGAGAGAGGAAAAAAGUUAGCCACCCGAGGUUACCAACAAGAUUGUAAUUAUAAAUUGUAAAAAGUGUCAAAUAUCGGGUUAUGGCAUUUGGGCAGCUGUUUUGAGGAAUGCAUGUGGCUUUAUCUUCAUUAUAAAUUGGCUUGGUAGAAAUGAAUUUUAAUACUGUGCAAUAAGAAUUUUCGAAUGCAAAAAAUCAUUCGGAUGAUGAAAGCCCUUAGUGAAUAUAUUAGGAAAUCUCCGCCGUUGCAUUUUGUCAACAAUGCAAGACAUUAAAUCAUAUAUUUAAUGCGUGAUAAAGGAUUUUUAUUUAAAUCUAUAACAAAUUUGCUUCGUUCGCCAUAAUAUUGAUUUUAAAUUUCUUUCUAAUACUCGUCGAUUUAAUUCUUAAGUUAGGGUCAUCUACUGCCAAUAUUUUUUUAUAUUAUUUUAACAUUUCCCCAAUGCCAUUGCGCAUACACUACUAUGGUGCAAUUUGCUUUCAAUCCAAAAUCUAUUCGUUCCGAUGCACAUACAUUAAUUUCAUUUCAUUUCUAUUAUAUUUUGUAUAUUAUCUUUUUGUAGUCAUUUUGUCUUCCUUCUUUAACUUUUUAAUUUUUUUCAAAAAUGUAUGUGUUUUUUGUAUAUAAAAGAAGAAACGUAACGAAUAGCAUUAAUGUUAUUUGAUCAAUUCCAACAUUGGGCCUUGCGCGGACAAAUAGCCAAUAAUUUAUAUCGUAAACUCUCUGAUCCAGUUAUCAUAGAGUAGCUCUAUUAUUAUGGCCCACUGCGUGUGCAGUGUUAUAGAAAUUAGCAUCUAAUGUCGUCUACUACUACUACUACUACUACUUGUAUGUAUUAAGUGUAAAUUUCAUAUACGAUUAAGUAGCACCUAAGAAAUCCUUGUCGUUGUACUAUUAUUAUUAUUAAUUUCACAAAACUUUAUGUAAGUACCAUUAAGACGAUGAUGCUAUUAUUAAUUAUUUAAUGUAAUAAUAUAUACAACAACACAACACAAUAUAAACAGCAAAGAAAACAACAAAUGUAAUGUAGAUUCUAGCAUAGAUUUCUAGUAUAAUUUAUAUAGUUUAUUUCAUAAGCAGUGUGCUAUAUUAUAUAAUGCAACAUUACGUGCAGAUAUGAAAGCAACAAUUAGUAAUACUGAUAAUAUUUAAUAACAAAACAACAAAGAAAACAAAUUGUUGUACGAUUGAUUAAUCACUAUGUUCAAAGGAAAUAAUAUUUUAAACAUUAACAUUAUUUGUAUGUGUUACGUACUGUAAUUUAGAACUUUUGAAUUGAAUAAUUUCAAAUAUAAAAUUAUAUAUAAUCAUAAAAAAAAACAGAAAAACAAAAAAAAAAAAAAAACACACAAAACAAACAACAUUAACACAUCAUAUAAACAACAGAUAUAAAUAAAGCAAAGCUUAUAAUAAAAAUGAGAAAUAUGUAAGCCAUUUUAAACCAAAA